GCGAGCAUCACAUGACCUCGAUCUUCUGUCUGAGCGCAGAUACCCAGAAUUAGGUAAAGCACAGCGCGCGUCGCGUUUCAGCGCAGCAAAAGCUGUCCUGCAGGCCACGUUUUCAAGCUAACAUUCGCCCGGCAAGAAACGGCAGCAGGCGCGUCCUCCUGGCAGCAAUCACUGCACCGCUUGCAGCAGGGCUGCAGCGAUCGCUCCACCGCGCGGCGCCCGUGAUGUCCGACUGGCACCUGUCACGAAGCGGCGUAAACGCCAUCGCCCAAGCGCGCCCGCGAAACGGCCGCAAGUACGCGCCGCCGCCGCGGCGAGCCACGGCCGCCGUCGCCGACGCCGACAUGGCCACGGAGGCGUUUGAUAGUUUGGGGAUCAACCGCCCGUCCGAUGGAGACGCUUUCAGCUGCUCGUUACCGGAGCUCAAGAGCGUCUGCGUCGGCGAGGAGGAGUGCGACGUCGGCGAGACGGUACGGGCGAGACUGCUGAACUGGCUCGAGUCGGCGGACCCCGAGCACGUGAACUGGGAUCAUCGGGGCGAGCGCAUCUUUAGAUAUGAUGCUCCCAGCGACAAUGUGGUGAUGUCGUAUUACGGGCCCGGUGGGGACAUGCUUGAAGCCAAGUGGCCCUGGAACGACGCGUUCUUCGCGCUCUACGAGUGGGACAUGAUGUGCUAGAUGCGCCUUCCACAUUAUCCCUCCGUAGUAAGUAUAUGAACUCAG